CGCUGUUACGCCGAGUCUAAAGUAUUCAAAGCGCGGAGCUAAUGAGUAAGUUUUUAUCUGUGACAGAGGUUAGACGUAGGAAGGUACCCGAAAACAAGCUUUUAAGUUUUAAAAGUGCUGAAAUAGCGUCGCACGCGCAUGUUAUUAUCGUUUAGAUUACUAACUUAUUUAGAUCAAGAUCAAAUUUUAUGUUUUUAAAUUAAAAUGGGCUUAGACAGUUAUAGUAAUCGGACCAGUGGCUAUUAUUCGGAGGCGUUCACUCAAUGGGGAAGCCAAGAGUCCUGGCCGGAGUUCCAGUCGGCGCUGCAGGAAACACCCGCAGCUGGCAGACCCAGGUCUUCCAGUUUUGCUGAGACGAAAGUUGAUGCCGUGAUGGAAGAGUUCCGAAUGAACGGCUUCGACUCCCCCUACGACCCCGAGGAGGAAAGGAAUUUAUACAAACAUAGAAACAACGCAGAACUAACCGGCAUGGGUCCACCAAGCAUGUACCUGAGGCAAAAGUCUUGGCCAGCCCCGGAUGCUUCUCCUUCCAUACCUCUACCUAAUGCCAGGGAGAGCAAGAGGAGAAAUGCUGGAGAGAUGUUUUUGGCGGCUUCAGGUUUUCAAGCCAAGGCUGAGAAACUAGCUCCAUCGUCGGACGUGAUAACUGAGCAGCAAUUGCGCGUGCUGUCCACUCUGCCCAACUCCGUGCUGUACAACUUGCUGAGGGAGUUGGAGCAGGCGCGAGUGCAGUUGGAAGCGAAGCCAGCGAAACAGCCUGAGGUGGUCGAAUGUCGGUUCUGCAAGAACAACGGAGAGCGGGAGUCGUACUACCGCUCGCACCGCCUGCGCUGGCGCGGCAAGGUGGUCUGCCCCGUGCUGCGCAAUUACCGCUGCCGCCGCUGCGGCGCCAAGGGGGACUCCGCACACACGCUGAAGUACUGCCCGCUCGCCUCUGCCGACGAGCGUCAAAAAUCGAACGCCAUGAUGCAAAGCGUUCGAGCUCGUCGUACCUGGCAAACGCCAUCUAGCGAUAUCGCCAGUGAAUACGUCGUAAUGGGCGAGGCAACUCCCUCUGUGAUAACAGAUGGCGCUUAUUUUAACUCUUAUGAACCACUCGAUCCUAUUUGGGAAGCAUUGGCCAAAAAAUUAAUGCUAUGAAAUAACAAAUUACUUUUAACAUUUAUGUCAUUAAAUUAGUUGACAAAUCGUUGAUUUUUAGAAGUUUAUUAAUUGUGCCAAUUGUGUUAUUCUCAGUAGCCGGUAGAUGGCGUUGUUAGUUUUGUAAUAAUUAUGAUUAUGUUUACUUUUAUAAUUUUUUUGGUGUGCUAUAUUACCUUUCGUGGUAAUAAAUACAUAACUAUUUUUGCUAAAUAUAUAUUUGAGCAUUGACUACAUACAUAUUAUGUUAUUAUAUCGUUGACUAUCGAUGUCCGAAUACUAAUUACAGUAGGUACCUACUUAUCUUUAUUAUGGUACUGAAAUAACGAAAACUUUUUUUUCAGUAAUAUGUAUUUUUAUAGUAGGACUAAUAUAUCAAUUUAAAUCAUGCAUUCCUCUCAUAUAAGUCAAAGUGACCACUUUUUUUUUGAACCUUUAAGAAAUGAAAUAUUAAUGCCACAAAUAAAAUCCACAGCAAUUUUAGGAAACAAUUUUGGAAAAUUGUUAUCUAAAAUGAUUAACUUCUUCUAUAUUGGUGCCAAAUCAUUUGUUUAGUUAGUUAUAUUUUACCAGAUUAUAAAAAUAUCUAUCUGAAUUACUUAUACAUAGUACAAUAUUAUUUUUAGGAUUAAUAAUAAUACUACUAAAUACUAUAAAAUUCGGACGAUCCCUUUUUCACAUCUUACUCACUUAUAAAAUAGGAUAUUUUAAUUUCAUUAUAGUUUAGAAAUACUUACAGGCAUAAAAUUAUGUAUGUUAUAAAUUAUCGAUAACUCUCGUAAACAGUUUACAAAAACUAUUUUUUUCAGAUCAAAUUAUUGAAAAUAUAUUUGUAAAUUAGUAUUUUUAUGUCGUGUGUAUGUAUAAUUUCAUUAUGGUGAUGAAAUGCAGGCAUUUCUAAUGCAUGCUUAGGUACAUUUACGCGAAACUCCAUUGACAUUUGCAUCGAUAUUGUAAGUUCCCAUAAUCAAUUUUUGUAUGAUAACUUACCUGAACUUAUUUCUGCAAAAGAUUUAUAAUGUGUGUUUAACGGAUAUUAAAUAAUACACCUACUACUUGA